AUGUCAGGACGCCAAGGUGGUAAGUUGAAGCCGCUAAAACAGAAGAAGAAACAAAAGGAGGAGGACUUCGAAGAUGAGGAUGCUGCUUUCAAGGCAAAGCAGAAGGCCGAUGCUGCUGCGAAAAAGGCUUUGAUGUCUAAUAUCAAGGCCGGUAAGCCUUUGGUAGGCGGUGGCAUCAAGAAAUCGGGCAAAAAAUAG